CUGCUCCUCACACGGUCUUGACUCACCGUGGACUUGAGUAGCUGCAUUUUCCUUGCGCCUUCCUACAGAAGCCUCCCCUGCAUUCUUCUUCUUCUUUUUGUUGUUGCAUCGCAUGCUAGCUUAGAUUGCUCCACUCGAAUUUGCUAGUUCAUCUGAAUCGUCCUUGGUGGAACUCACAUCCAAGUGGCGGACGAACAAAGCAGAAACAAGAAGUGGGGGGAGACGGUGAAUCGAGAGCCUUCAAGGUAAUUUUUUCUUUUUCUUAUCCAUCUCCUUCUCCAGCUGCCUAGUUACUGGUCUAAUCCUCUUCUUAACUGAAUCGUGAAUCUGAUAUGCAAACCAUGGGUGGAAGAGGCAAGGCAGUAACAACAAGCAAGCAGGCCCGAGAAAGAGGGCUGGGGGGCAGUGACAGUCUGCCGCCAUGGAAUCGGCCAUGGGGGCGUUGGCCACCCUCCUCCCAAAGCUGGGCAAGCUGCUACUCGAGGAGUACAACCUGAAGAAAACUGUCAAAAAGGGGAUAGGGGAUCUCAAAGCAGAGCUUGAGACCAUGCAGACUGCUCUUGAGAAGGUUUCCGAUGUGCCACUGGACCAGCUUGACUCACAGGUCAAACUGUGGGCUAACGAAGUCAGGGAUCUGUCUUAUGUUAUCGAAGAUAGCCUUGACUCCUUCAUCGGACGCGUCGAGGGGCUUGAGCUAGCGAAAAAGCCCAACCCUCUAAAGGACUUCGUCAAGAAGGCCUAUGACAAGAUCACCAGGUUCAAGGCUCGCAACAAAUUUGUCAAUGGCAUGGAAGACAUCGAGACUCAAAUUAGGAAGGUUAAUGAACGGUUUGCAAGGUACAAAAUCAGCGAUGUUGUUGCUAAUCCUGUGACAAGUACAGUCGAUCCUCGUCAUUUUGCAAUGUAUAGCAAGGUAUCUGCCCUUGUUGGCAUUGACAAAGCAAUUGAGGAGCUGACGAAGAGAUUGUGCAAGGCCGAUGAUCUCCAUAAGAAAAAUCUCAAGACAGUCUCUGGCGUUGGGAUCGGAGGAUUGGGCAAGACAACUGUAGCAAAAGCAUUGUAUGACAAGCUUAACAAGAAAUUUGAUUGUGGGUGUUUUGUUCCAGAUUGUCAGAAUCCUGACAUGAAGAAACUUCUCAAGGAUAUCCUCUAUGAUCUUGACAAGAAAAAGUACAUAAACAUCAUUGGCUCAAAAAUGGAUGAAAAGCAACUCACCGAUGAGAUGCUAGAAUUCCUCAAGGAAAAGAGCCUUCUUCCCAAAAUGAAAGUACCAGCAGUGCUGUUCCUCUGGACAUGUCAAAAGAAAAAACUGAAGAGAAGAAAAGACCCUCAAUUGGAGUAACGGGAGAGCUUGUUAAACCUGGUGUAAGUUGCAGGUCUGAACCGCUAGGUCUUGGUCUUGGUGGAGGCCUGCCGCAGCCUAAGAGAAGGAGCAGAACAGGAAAGCCAUCUGGGAUUAGUGGUGAUCCUACCAGCAAAAGCCAAGAAGUUGUUGGGGCAAGCAGCAUCAGGACUAUGGAUUCUCACUCUCUAUCCUAAACGGAUCAUGAGUUGCUCGCUGUGUAUGGAAGAACAAUGCGUAAUAUUUUGUCAAAUUCGACAGCUACAAUGGGAUGCUCAAGUUCGCCACCUUAUUUGGAGAGCAAGAUGCAAGAUUGUGCCCAGAACCCUGCCACUAUUUGGAAAAGGCAUGCUAGUGGCGCACCAGUUUUGCCUACUAAUGGCGCACUACUGGUGCGCUACUAGCAUCACACCAUUAGAAUUAAAUUCUAAUGGUGCACCACUGGUACGCCAUUAGUAUCUGGUGUUCUAAUGGCGCACCACAUAUGCGUCAUUAGUAUGGCCCACAAUGCGCCAUUAAAAUGCCUUCCAGGGGGCCAUAUGUACCCAUGUGCUUUGGCUUACUAAUGGCGCAUCAGUGGGUGAUGCGCCAUUAGUGUGAUUAUUACAGUGCAUCAUUAGUGUCUUGUAUGGUGCGCCACUAGUAUGAAUAUUAGGGAUUUUUUUUU